GUCUUUGUCCACGCCACAGUCUUUAUACUAACCUUUUCUUCUCCUUACAUUUCCCAUUUCUUUACCCAAACCAACAUUUAAAAAACACAACUAAAAGUCUCCCCAAAACCACGCCUGCUUUAAAACCCCAAAUGAAACUCAAUCAGAACAAAAACAAAAAGUGCAGAGACACAAAUUGAUCAUUUUCUUAAAACAAGAAUGGUCGAGUGGGAACAUAUUCUGUUGACAGCAAUAUGUUUUGUAGUUCUUAUAGUCUUUUUCACCAUCUUGAUUAAGCGUUGUUGCUGCUCGAAACAAGGCAGAGACGACGUUAUUGCUGUCGACACAUCAAGAACAAGAACGGAGAGCUUACAAGACGGAAUUACAAAGCUUCACAACUUUCAUCAGAUUGAUUUAGACGGCAAAAGAAAAGGAAAUUAUUAUGUGUUUCGACGAGGAUCAUCAGUUUCUACUAAAUCUUUGUUUGAUUGGGCUGAUCAUCCGUCGCUCAUUACAGAUGCAGUUGAAAAUGGAUGGUCCCGAUUUGGUUUCUCAGGUUUUAUGUCGACGUCAUCCCCAUCAACACGAUCAUCGCUGUUAGGGUUAUGUGCAGUUGGUGAUUAUGGAAGAGAAGCAGAGACGGAGAUAAGUUGGGAAGUAUGUCAAGGAUCGGCAGAAUUCAUGCAGAAAAUAAGAUUAAAUUCAGGGUUAAAGAAAAUAAAUUUAAUGAAUAACAAUAAUUCUUCUUCUGUGAUCAGAACUGCUUUGCCUUUACCAGGGCCGCCAUUAAUGAACUCUGCUUUUCCUCAAGAAGCUUAUUUUGAGAUCACGAUUUUGUAUUCUCAAGGUGAUGAUCUGGAUCAUUCUGUUGCUAAGGUAAAAGAAGGUGAGAAGACUAAACUGAUUCAAGAAAAUUCAGAAUUUAUACAUGUUGCUAGCAGUCAUCGGUUUAACAAGAUUGAGGAAUUGAAGCUUGCUAAUGGUAAAGAUGACGGCAAAGAUGACGCUGUUAUGUUAUCGUUAGGACUUAGUACUGGAGGCUCUCUUCCUUUGAAACUUCCCGGAAGUUAUCCAGGCUCCAUCGGGUUCAACUCCGAUGGUUCGGUCUAUCUUGAUGGCAACAAACUUAUAUUCGAAUCCGAAAAAGGAGACUGGGCGAGAAAGGAGAAGGUAAUCGGGUGCGGAUUUGAUCCGAGGCAAAAGAAAGUAUAUUUCACGGUAGAUGCAGAGUUGGUUCAUAUUAUUAAUUGCCAAACAGAAGAAUUUGGCAGUCCAAUGUAUCCAACAAUUGCAGCCAAUAAUGACAUAUUAUUUUUGGUAAAUUUUGGACAAAGUUCAUUCAGUUAUGCACAAGCCAAUGUUCAAAGAACGCCAAAUCCUUGCUUCAUUGGUCCUCUAGUAAAUUCACCAGCCUUGGGCUAUGAAGACAGUAAAGAACUUUUUUCAAUGGGCAGAAUUGACUCUCAAUGGCUUCAGAGAUGUACAGCUAAAGGCAGCCUCAACAACCAUGGUAAUAAUCAAGGACUUGAUUUUGAUGAAGAAUCUGAAGCUGACUUGUUUGAAAUUGUGUUGGACGGGGGUAGUACUGGCAGAUCUCCAAAUAUUGUGUUGUAAAUAGAUACAAAACAAAAUAAGAAGGAUCAUACUAACAAAUUUUCUGCAUCCAUUUUAUACUGUUUAUUCUACGUGCAAGGGUGGUGUGGAUUUGAGAGGACCAUGAAAAAUUUUACUUUGUAUUUGAUGGUAGAAAAAGAAUCAGUUAACUGAUACAUUUUUUAUGAAUAUACGAUCGUAUAUUGUAUAAUAGGUAAUCAAUUAUAUUACAUUCUUUGAUA